UGAUGAUAAUUGACUCAAAAGCGUUCAAUACUUCGACGAGUCCAAGUCUCGUGCGAUUGCUACGGUACGGUGCGUGGAAAGGCAUUAAAGGAAUCGACAGUAUGAAAAAGGCUCUAAUCAAACAUAAUUAAUCGAUCGAAACCUGUUAACUAUCACAAUCCCAUAUUACAAUCCACGCAACGUUCUCGUUUUCGGAAAUAGUGAAUAAAUUGUGGUGUUAAAUAAAAGAAAGGCAAUUGGUUAAAUGCAAAUUAAAAACAGAUGAAAGUGGUAUCAACGAAAUUGCAAAGAACGCUUUUAAUUAAACAUACAUACAUAUGCACAGACAUAGAUACAUACAAAUAGGCAAUACAUUAAAUUGAAUUAACAAGUCAAACCUCAAAAUGUGCCCAAAUUCCGGUUCCGGUAUGCAAAGUGCCCAAAUUCGAAAAUUCGUUGAGCAUGGGAUGCCCGAGAAGAUUAUAAAAACAGUGCAGUACACACUCAAAAAACGUGCCGAAGAACGGAGUUCCACCGUAGCCAGCAUGGAGAUGUCCCACCACAACCAUGCCGCCGCUGAUGCUGGCACAGGAAAGCCCCCUUCUACAAGCAAAAGCUCAUCUUUGGGCAUUCCUCGCCUUUGUGGGCGUUUUCGCAACCAACAAACUUCCACCAAAUUGCAGGAUAAUAUCACAAAUAUUGGCGCUGCAGGCACCGAAACAAUUGAAGUCAAUAAAGCCGAUAUGGACGCACUCGCCUUAACAACUCAAGUGACGAAAAACUUCGUGCAGCGACUUUAUGGUGUUGCGGAAAAAAUGCAAAGCAGCAAAUUAUACACAUUGCUGACGAGAACGACGCAGCCAGCGCAUUUAAUCGCCGUCUGUGUGUUAACAUUUGUGAUGUUCACUGUUUGGCCAGAUAUAGUGGACACAAGUGAUUCCUCCGCUGUCAGCGGUGCAGAGCAAACUUCAAUCAAGGACGAGCAACAUGCCCAGCGACAUAACACUUUGGCAGCCAUCGCAUACUUAGGUGCAUUCGCUACUCAUUUCGGUGCCCAAAUAUGGAUGACAUUCAUCUCAGGGCUAUCGCUGUAUUUCUCAUUGCCACGUCACACAUUUGGACAGUGUCAGCAGAUUUUGUUUCCACGUUAUUUCGCACUGAGCUCUGUGUUGAGCAUCAGUAUGUUAAUACUUUUUGUCAAGUACUUCCUUAACUCGUGGACUGUAGCCACAAUGGUGCAAUUGACAGCAUUGGCUACCACCGCCUUAAUUGAGUUAAUGAUACGUCUCUAUCUCGCACCUCCGAUGCUGCGACUGAUGCACGAAAAAUACCGGAUUGAAGGUGCUAUCGGUAGUGGUCGAGAGGUGGGCUCUCUCGAGCAAGGCGAUCUCAUCAAUUGUCCACACUAUCAACGCAUCCACAAAACAUUUCGCCGCAUCCACAUGACGAUAGCCAUGGGCAACAUGACGGUGCUGUUAGCUACCUGCCUUCAUUUGUAUUUUCUCGCAUCGAAAAUACAAAUUAGCUAAGGUGGUAGAAAAGAAGUAGACUAUAUAUUGGAAGAAUAUACAACAAAAGUGAAAGCUAACCCAGCGAUCAAUAUACAUACAUUAACAGACUACAAGAAGAUUAAAUUGUAACUAGCUGCGGCAGCUACCCGAAUGCAACACAUAUACGCAUGUACCAUAUUUAUAGAUAUUCACGUACGGCGAUCUUUCCUACGCUACCAACGUACCAGGAUAUGCGAAUGUGCGAAUGUGCGAAUUUUCAACUAGAUACCAAAAACGAAUUGCAUUUGUAGUAUUUAAGUUAAAAUUGUCUUCGUAAUGACAUGUGUAUUAGCAUUAGGUCUGUAAUCAAGCAUCGAAAUUAUUACUUACCUCCAUCUCACAAAACCUUUCAUGAAAAUUCAUUAAAUUUAAGUAUGUAAAUUACUUACGAAAAGUAUUCGUAUAUAGAAACUGUGAUACCCAUAAUGCAUGCAUAUGCACCUCCCCAUUUUAAAUCAUGCCAUAUGAACCCCCGUAACGUUGUGGACCUGCAAUUUCAGCUAGGUGAUACAAAUUUUAGACCUAAAUACGUAUUCGCAUCGGCUACUUUCAAACAUUCAUACAUAUGUACAUCAUGAGCUUUUGUCCAUCUAACCACAAAACCAAAUUACAGGAUUUUUUAUAUUAACGAUUGAAUGAGUAUAUAUUUAUGUAUGUAUGCGUGUGUGUAUCAUAUUAUCCAAAUAACUUAGAUUUUAUACUAAAUUUACGCAUACACACCGAAUUAUAAAUUUCUGGCGCCUUUACCGAAUUUUUAUUAUUGAAUCGAAAUAAAAAUGUGAUUUUACAUAUGA